AACAAACAACCACCAUCACUGCACCACGCCACCUCUCCUUUUUCUCACCAGUUAACAGAAAGAAUAGGAUCAAAUCGACUGUCGAUAAUCUGAAUACCAAUUUAUUCGACUGUUAAUAUCGACAAGUGUCGACACACGUGCUCACCGAUCUUUCUCCCGAUCAUCACACACACACAAGUUACAUUAAAACCAUACAAAAUGGCCGACCAGGACUGGGACUCUGUUACUCGUAUCGGCACUAAACACCGUGCCGGCGGCGUUCAGCGCGAAACCGUCGUCAAGGGUCGAAGUGCCCUCAACGCAGCGCAACGAUCCGGUCUCGUCAUCGGCACUGAGAAGAAAUACGCCACUGGCAACGCUGCCGGUCGCGCAGGCGUCCCAGAAGGUCAACACCUAACAAAAGUCGAUCGAAGCGACGACAUUAUCAAACCCAAAACCGUGGGCACCCAAGUCGGCGACGCAAUCAAGCGUCGACGCAACGAGGAAGGAUACAAAAUGACUCAAAAGGAACUCGCGACAAAAUGUAAUACGACUGUCACUGUUGUACAGGAUAUGGAGCGGGGGACGGCGACGCCAGACCAAAAAGUGUUGAGUGCAAUGGAGAGGGUGUUGAAUGUUAAGUUGAGGGGGAAUGAUAUUGGGGCUGAGAAGUUUCCUAAGAAGAAAUGAUCUUAAAAAAAAUGAACGGGUUGUUCGAUAUGUUCGAUAUGUUUGAUGGCUUUGGUGUGUUUUUGAUGAUGCCUUGCUUCGAUGAGGUUAUGGUUUUUUUUUGUUUUCAUGGGAUACGUUUUCAUGACAUGACUGAAUAGAUGGGUUGGAAUGAGCGCCAACUUCUAUCGUUUGUACUGGUUUCAUGCGUGAUUAGAUUACAGUAGAUUGCAUGAACUACAUAUCAGAC